UAGAUUACGAUGUGGUGAUAAGAAGACCCUCUCAUCUCCGUCAAAUCUUUACUUUUCAAGUCUUUUCGACGUCCCAGGCUACCGGAGGAGAAUCGGCCCGGCGACGAACCUACCCCGCCGCCGACCGGGGCGCGGCGGGCUUCCGUCCACCGCCGCCCGCCUCCUCCCUCCCUAGAGAGAGAGAGAGAGAGAUUUCACUCGAUUUCUUUACUUUUUUCUUCCUUCCUUCCUUCUCUCUCUGUCUGUCUCUCUUCUCACUCGCUCACAGAGAGAGAGGGAGGGAGUGAGGGAGAUGUCGGAGAGCUGCAACUCUCGCCAUUUCUCAUGGCUCAUGAAGUCCUGCUUCCCCAACCCUAACGACAAAUCCCUCUCCCCCCACCACCACCACCAACACCACCAGCCCCUCAAGGUCGCCGCCCCUACCCUCUCCUCCCUCCCCGACGACCUCCUCCUCGAGUGCCUCUCCCGCCUCCCCGCCACCUCCCUCCCCGCCGCCGCCUCCGUCUGCCGCCGCUGGUCCCGCGUCCUCGACUCCCCCGCCUUCUCCGACCUCCGCCGCCUCCACGGCCUCCUCCGCCCCUCCGUCUUCGCCCUCUCCUCCCUCGACUCCGCCCUCCUCUCCGCCUCCCUCCGCCUCGACCCCGGCCCGGGCCCCGAUCCACUCUGGCGCGUCUCCCUCUUCCUCCCCGACGGCGGCGGCGGAGGAGGACUCCCCCCCGCGUGCUUCCAGGGCCUCGUCGCCCACGCGCGCCUCGCCGCGAUCGGCCCGAGGAUCUACAUCAUCGGCCGGAAUGCCGUCGCCCGCUACGACACCUGGACCGGGACCGUCGCUUCCAGGUCGCCCAUGACGUUCCCGAGGAAGAAGUUCGCCGUCGCGGUGCAUUCCGGGCGAAUCUACGUGGCCGGCGGCGGCGGGAGGACCUCGGCGGUUGAGGAGUACGAUCCGGAUUGCGACGUGUGGAGCGUGGUGUCGCACGCGCCGAGGAGGCGGUACGGAUGCGUCGGCGCUUCGGUGGACGGCGUGUUCUACGUGAUCGGGGGCCUCCGGAUAGGCCCCCCCACGGCGGGGGGGACCGACCCGUCGCGCGCCGCCGGGGCGGAGGCGCACGUGUACGCGAGCUCGAUGGACCUGUACGACGUGGAGGCGCGGGGGUGGCUGAGGAGCCGCGCGGUGCCCGGCGGGGGUUGCGUGGUGGCGGCCUGCGCCGCCGUCGGCCACGUCUACGUCCUGGCGAGCCACGCGCUGGAGCUGUCGUUCUGGAGCUUCGACGCGCGGCGGAGGGGCGGGGGGUUCGGGGAGUGGAGCCGGGCGAAGAGCCCGCCGCUGCCGGCGCAGGUGCGGCUGGACUCGACGGUGAAGUUCAGCUGCGUCGGGGCGGGGGACAAGGUGGUGCUGGUUCAGGCGGCGGGGUGCAUCGACGACCUGCUGAGGAGGAGCGGGAGGAGCGAGAAGGGACUGAGGGAGGGGCUGGUGCUGGUGUACGACACGGCGGCGGGGGAGUGGAGCAGGGGGGCGGAUCUGCCGGAGGUGAUCGCACGCGCCGCGUGCGCGUGCGUGGAAUGCUAGGUGCGAAUCUGCCUAAAAAUGUAGUGUGUGCAUCCCGUGGGUGUGUGUGUAGCGAGAGAAGCAGACAAGAUUAUCUGAUCUGUUGAAAGUGGAAAGGCCAUGGGCUAUCGUGUAGGAUAACGAGACGCGUGGCGCGUGAACCUCACUCGCGUCGUUUAGCCUUCUUCUAUCUGUCUUAAUUUGAUUGAUUAAGGAGGUUUCUUAAUUUGUAUUUACUUCUUUUUUUCUUAUCUUGGGUCUAAAUUUGUAUUCACUUAUUAAAUGUUGCUUUUCUUUUUACUGC